UUCAAAGAUUUGAUCUUUUUCCAAAUAAAAAAAAAAAAAUGUUUAUGUAUCUAUCACACAUUCCAAAAUCAAUGGCACUCCUUUCAUCUCUACAUAUUCACACACUUCACACAAAUUGCGCACACAGCACACAUAUCUCAUCUCCCCUCUUCUUCCUUGGUACCCCGGUAACCCUCGUCCCCCUUUGAUAAGAUUCUUGAACCAGGUUUCAUCCUUCCAAGAUUCAUUCAGUCGUCAACAUAUUUCUAGCUUUUUAUCGGUGUUAUCUGACCUGGGGUUUUCCUGUUUUGCCUCGUUUUGUUCAAAGAUUAUAUACAGAUCGUUCUGGCUGUUUUUUGGUAUAGUAGAUUGCAUUUCCAUUGAAAAAGGGAUUAGGGUUUAUCAGAUUUGAACUGGGGUUUCUUAUUUUUGAUAUUUAUAAUCAAAGAUUUGAUUUUGUUGAAAAAGAGAGAAAAGUUUAUUUGUAGAUUCGAUUCAAACCCAUCGGGGUUUGUGAUUCAUUCAAUUAGGGUUUGUUCAAUGGGAGCUUUGCAUGAUUGUCAUUACGAUUUGGGGCUAGAGAAUGGGAUAAACCCUGGUGGGUGUGUUGAGCUUGAUUUUGAGCAAGACCCAGAGACUGUAGCCAUUGAAGAUGCUGUCAAAGUUUUGCUAGAGGGCUUGGGUGAAGACAUCAAUAGAGAAGGGAUUAGGAAAACCCCUCUUCGUGUUGCCAAAGCUCUUCGCGAAGGGACCAAAGGCUACAAUCAGAAGGUGAAAGACGUAAUCCAAGGUGCAUUAUUUCCUGAAGUAGGAGUCGAAAAUGGAGUCGGACAAGCUGGAGGAGCUGGUGGGCUUGUUCUUGUUAGAGAUCUUGAUCUCUUUUCAUAUUGUGAAUCCUGUUUACUCCCAUUCCAGGUCAAAUGCCACGUAGGCUAUAUUCCAUCUGGUCAACGUGUUGUGGGCCUUAGCAAACUCUCAAGGGUCGCCGACAUCUUUGCAAAAAGACUCCAAGAUCCACAACGUUUAGCAGAUGAAAUCUGUUUAGCUCUACAACAUUGGAUCAAACCAACUGGUGCUGCUGUCAUUCUUCAUUGCUCACAUAUUCACUUUCCCAGUUUUGCCCCUGGGUGUCUCGACUCUGAUCACUCAAAAUGGGUCAAGGUUGUAGUCGGGUCUGGUUCAGGUUCUUUUGAAAAAGACGAUUCUCCCAUGUGGGUUGACUUUUUGGGUCUUCUAAGACAUAAAGACAUCAAUCUUGAAACCAUUCUUUCAAGAACUAAAGCUUCUUGUUGGUGUCCUUCAAGAUCUUUCAAAACUGGACCUUCAAAAUCUGGAAUGGUUGCUGCUGUGGGGUCCAUCAUACAAUCCCUAGGUCAAGACCCAUGUAGAAAAGAACUCAUGGGUACUCCUAAUCGAUUUGUCAAGUGGCUCAUGAGCUUUAAAGAUUCAAACUUGGAGAUGGAACUCAGUGAGUUUGAUGUUCAUAUAGGUUAUCUGUCUGAUGAAGAAGUGAAUCCGAAAGGGAAAUCUCUUCUUCAAUCAAUAGUUCAUUUUUAUGGUUUCAAACUUCAAGUACAGGAAAGGCUUACAAGACAGAUUGCAGAGACUGUUGCUCCAUUGUUGGGUGGAGAUUUAAUGGUGGUUGUGGAAGCAAAUCACACUUGUAUGAUUUCUAGAGGGAUUGAAAAAUUCGGUAGCAAUACAGCCACAAUUGCUGUUCUUGGUAGGUUCUCAAAUGAUCCAGCAGCAAGAAGUAAGUUUUUGCAGAGCAUUCCUAGCUAUUCUUUGUAA